CAGACAUAGUCAAACGCAUUGGGUUUAACUGUAACGAAGACACCACUAAAUUACUUUAAACGUCAGCGAAAGUAAUGGUUACAGAAUUGCUAGCUGAGAGCAGAUGUCGAGCUUAAAAUAUAUUGCAGUGAAAGUAACAUUUUAUUUCGGCUUGCCUCUGCUUGAACUGCUGUCCCAUCGUUAGCUAGCUUUCUGUUGACAUCAGUUGUGCUGCUGUAGUGUAUCAGGUGAGUAGCGACAUGUCAGAGUCCGGCCACAGUCAGCCGGGGAUGUACGGGCAGGGACGCAGGAGGAGGCGACGCCGGGGAGACAGAGAUGCUGGACCUCCAGGCCAAAAUCUGUCCGGACCCAGUCGAGAUCGAGAAUACCAACCGAGAGAACGAAGGGAUGGGAGUGAAGAUCCACCAGGCCCACUCAUACAAAAGACCCCCAUCAUUCUUGCAAAACCCCCUGGGGAAAGGGCCAAGACAUCACAGAAUGCACAUGCCAGUGGAGCCCCAGUGCUGGAGAAGCCCAUCAUGCUAAUGAAAGCCAGGGAUGAUGGAGGGAAGCCAGGGGCCACUCCAGAGGCAGCAGCUCAGCCCUCUGGUCCUGGACCCUCCAAGAUGGAAAAGGAAGGGCAGCGACCCACCCAGCCUGUAUACCAGAUCCAGAACAGAGGAAUGGGUGCUUCUGCAUCGAGCAGCGCUGUGGACCCCAUGGUUGGCCAGUCUAAACUCCUCCCUCCAGAGAAGAUGAAGCACAGCAUUAAGCUAGUGGAUGAUCAGAUGAAUUGGUGUGACAGUGCCAUGGAAUAUCUGCGGGACCAGACAGAUAUGUUGGUGGUGGGAGUCAUUGGCCUGCAGGGUGCUGGGAAGUCUACCAUCAUGUCACUGUUAUCUGCCAACACUCCUGAGGAAGAUCAACGGGGUUAUGUAUUCAGAGCUCAGACUCAGGAAAUCAAGGAAAGAGGAGGUAACCAGAGCACAGGAAUUGAUUUCUUCAUCACACAGGAGAGAGUCAUCUUCUUGGAUACACAGCCGAUGCUCAGUCCAUCUAUUCUCGACCACCUCAUCAACAACGAUCGGAAGUUGCCUCCAGAGUACAACCUCCCUCACACAUAUGUUGAGAUGCAGUCUCUUCAAAUCGCCGCGUUCCUGUUCACAGUGUGCCAUGUGGUCAUUGUGGUUCAAGACUGGUUCACAGACUUAAAUCUCUACAGGUUUCUUCAGACUGCCGAGAUGCUGAAACCCUCCACUCCAUCUGCAAGCCAUGACAGCACUGGCUCUUCAAGCAAUGACGAUGGAGCAGAGUAUUAUCCUCAUAUAGUUUUCCUCCAGAAUAAGGCCAGGCGUGAUGAUUUCUGCCCAAGGAACCUGAAAAACAUGCACAUGGUCGUGGACAAAUUAAUGGCCCACUCUCAUCUCAAAUACAAAGGUACAUUGUCCAUGCUAGACUGCAAUAUCUUCCCUGGGUUGGGGCAGGACUAUCUGGCGACUGAAGUCAACAUGUUUCUCCUGCCUGUGCAGGAGAAUGAUGGGGAGGAUAAUCUGACCAAAGCAGGUUCGGGAACAUACCCGCUCUUCUCUCUGCUCCCGGGGUACAGAGGACACCCUGCCUUCUCCACCAUGGUUUCCAAACUCCGCAGCCAAAUACUGGCCAUGCCCCGCUGUCAACUCUCACACACCAUCCUCACUGAGAAGAACUGGUUUCACUACGCAGCCCGUAUCUGGGAUGGGGUGAAAAAGUCCUCGGCCCUCUCUGAAUACAGCCGCCUGCUCUGCUAACACCUCGGUGGAACUGCUGUUAUAUACAACAGCUGAUGAAGCUCUUAUGUCCGAUAAUCAGGUCACAUAAAGAGAGAUGUGGCUCUGAAUGUGGACACCGUCAUUUGUGCCCUACAGGAGGGAUCAGUGGAAAUGGAAGCCCGGCCAUUGGUGAAGAGUCACAUAUGAUGCAGGAUGACACCACCUUCUGUCUAUAGAUUUGGUGGGAAUGAAAAGCUGAGGAGUUUUGGUGCUCCGUGCCAGAAUGUUGCCCAUCCCUGCCCUCGGGAAACAUAAUGUUCAACAAACACAGCUGCACCCUGUACGGUGGUGGUGAGAGAGAGAGGGGAAACAACUGUCUGCACAUGUUUAAGCAAAAUGUGAUUAAUUUUGCAAGCCAUGAUUGGCUAUGUGAUGUUAUAACUGCAGUUUUGGUGUAGUGAUGGUUCACACACACGUUUUCUGAGAUGAAAAUAUAGCCUUCUGUAAGUUUUUUUUAUUUAAUUUUUUUUAAUCAUCAAUAAAAAGAGUAAUUGCCAGUUACUCAGAAAUAAAAGGA